GAAUAUUAGAAUAAAAGGAAAUGGUAAGAUGGUAUAGUCUCGGUGAAAUGACCCGACGAUAGCCUCUUGCAGAAAGAACCCAUAAAUACACCAUAAAUAUGAAUAUGACACAGAUUAAACAAUAUCAAUCAAACCGGUAACUCAUUACAGGGCUCUGUCAAACGAGCCAACUUGGCUUGGACUUGUUUGUAAUUUUUAAAGUUUUAAAACCGUUAGCAGGCUGCCUUAGUUGGUUGAGCAUCGGACAUUCGAGCGGGAGGUCGUGGUUCGAGUCCUGCCCUGAAAAAUACUCAUAGUCUCGAAAAAAUCUAAGGAGAAAAUGUUGCCAUUGUAUAAUUACAUCUUCAAAUGGUUAAACCUUCAAGUGGUUCGAAUGAUCAUCUUUAAUUGAGGUUACGUAUCUCCAUACUUCUGUUCUUUUUAUCUCAAGAACAAAUAUUUGCAUUUAAAGAAUUUUCGAGAAUCCACACAAGACUAAUUUACUACUCAGCAUGACGUCCUAUAGCUGUGUACGUCCAGUCUUUUGCAAAAUAUGAGCCUCUGUCUAUAAUAAGGGUAAUGUACAAACUAGAAAGGGUAUUGUCAAGCUUGAAAUCGUCAUAUUAUAGCUAGUGAGACAGAGGAAAGGAUAUAAAAUGAAACAUUUCCCCUCAAGAUAUUCUGUUUUCCCUUUUUAGCUUAGAAUACUGCUACAGAGACAAGACUCAAGAAAGGCACCUUAAUAAUUCGUACGUGUCAUGAAGAAAGGACCCGAAUGAAUUCAUCCUUUCUCCAUAUGUAGAAUUUCUUUCAUGACUGGUCCAACACAGAACCAAUAGAUAUAUAACCAAAUGUAUUUUUCCAUGGUCUCUAAGAAUAUUUCGUGCGCUUCUUAAAUUAGCGGGGAAUUGUCCCCGUUUGCUGUCUGCCCCCUGGUGUGUGGCGUAUUGGUCCUUUUUCGGUUUUAUUAAUACAAAGCAUUUGAUCCUAAACUCAAUCUUAGUGCACUUCAGUCAUAUGAGGAAUCAGCUAAAAGUAAUGAAACAAUGCGCUGUAGGUAACCACUUGGUUUAAAAUUUUUUUUUGCUUUACGCACGCCGAUGCCUUAAUUAGGCGAGUGAGGAAUUGCUAAUGCAAUACGCGCAGCUGAAAUGACGCAUUCUGUCAUUCAUUGGUAGAUCUACAAGAAGAGGUCGAUAGAAAAGUUUGAAUUUUCACAACGAGACUGACAAAGAACGAAAAUUAAAGCGUGUUCAUCAGUUGUGGGAUGUUUUCCAUGUAUAUACCGAAAAAUUCAAUAUAGAAAAGUUCAUUUUGGAUAAAAUGGAAGAAGAAGAACAGAAGAAUGUUGAACGUCUUUCUUCGCUGCUGCGUUCUCGAUCUCCAACUACCAUCUUUUUCGAGUCAUUUUUCAUUAUUCUCAUCGACCUUACAGCACUUGUUGGCAACGUCCUCGUUUGCUUCGUGUUCUACAAGAAACCCAUGCUUCGUACCAUCACAAAUGUGUAUAUUGGUGCACUGGCUAUAUCCGAUGUUCUUAUAUCGGUAUUAGUGAUGCCUUGUACAGCGAUGAUAUUCAUCAAAGGGGAAUGGAUAUUUACAGACGUUGUUUGUCAAUACCAAGGAUUCGUUGUGCUGCUUCUUGCUUGGGCAUCACUUCAUAUAAUGACAUUGACAGCCAUAAAUCGAUAUUAUCGCGUCGUGCGGCCCAAUGUCUACACAAAGUGGUUCAGCAUCAAAUCAUCCAUAGUGAUGAUCUGCAGCACCUUGGUGAUCAUCAUCAUCGUUAUCGUAAUCCCUAUCGCAGGUGCAUGGAGCCACUUUACGUUUCGCCCGGGCAAAGGGACAUGUUUUAUGACAUUCAAUAAAAGUUUCAAAACUACCAGAAUGGUGUAUAUAGCUGGAGUGGUACUGUUUUACUCUGUAUUACCGAUGAUAAUAAUAUUCAUAUGUUACUAUAAAGUACUAAAAACUGUCAAAAACCACACUACCGUCAUUCACCCUUCAUUUAAAAAUCCUCUACAGAAGAGAGAACAAGCUCGUGCAACAAGCAUGUCCGUUCGAGAGGUAAACGUGACUAGGACACUAUUUUGUAUGGUAGUUGGUUUCGUGGUCUGUUGGAUCCCAGUUAUUAUCGUAGAGAUGUUGAACUCAUUUCUGGGAACGGCAAGUCUGCCAAGGGGAGCGUAUCUUUGUUACCUGUAUUUUGCGUACAUCAGCAGUGCUCUCAAUCCUAUUAUAUACGGUGUGAUGAAUAAGACGUUCAGAAGGGAACUCUUUAGCGUUCUGCUGCUCAGAAAAACGGAAGUUUGCCUGUCCUGAUUGAUGGUUUGAAACCAUUUCCAAGAGGGUCAAGAAAAAAAGACAUGGAGUCCACGUUAUUGGUAUUAACAAGGGAGGCUGGUAAAACAAUCAGUGUUAAUACUAACAAGGCGGCGAUGACAUAACUUAAACUUGCAAAUACUGUGACUAUAUAAGAUAGAGAAAGCAUCUUGUGGUAAAAAGAAAAAGAAGAAGAAGAAAAAGAAGAAGAAGAAGAAGAAGAAGAAGAAGAAGAAGAAGAAGAAGAAGUAUAUAGCUUAGUCUGGAAUUCAUCAGUCAAAAAAAGGCCUUCAAACUAAGAUACGAUGAAUGCAUUUUCCAAAAUAAUAUGAUGUACAAAGCAGUGCACUAUGUUUAGUAAAUCGCAAAAAAAAUCCAUAUAUCUUGCAAUUAUUAAUAGUAUCAAUAUAAUUGAUGAACAGCGGUGGGGAUAGAUCAAUAACCUAGAUCAAAUCAAACUCAACUAGACAGAUUGCAAUGAGCCGAUAUAUGCUAUAUUUUAAUUUUAAGUUUUUUUGGCUGGAAGAGGAUAAACUCCUGCGGAGAGCAAAUGCAUCCUUUGAAAAGUUAUCCUAGGAACACCGAUGCAACAAAUGUGCUUUGAUAAAUUAAUACACUCAAGCUAGAUUAAAGUUAUUUAACAGACUUA